CAGAGCGCGGAGAAGAUGCAGGUGUACCUGACUCUUCUGCUCAUCAGCUACUUGCUGACUCCCAUUGGAGCUUCCAUCUGGGGGCGCUGCGUAGUGGCUAAGAGGCUCCGUGAUGGAGGCUUGAAUUAUUUUGAGGGCUACAGCCUUGAGAACCGGGUGUGCCUGGCUUAUUUUGAGAGCAAGUUCAACCCCUUGGCUGUCUAUGAGAACUCAAAAGCUGACUACACUGGGUUUGGCCUCUUUCAGAUCCGAGACAGCGACUGGUGUGACCAUGGCAAGAACCUCUGCAGUGUGUCCUGCUCAGCGUUACUGAAUCCAAACUUAAAGGAUACAAUCGAAUGUGCCAAGAAAAUCAUGAAAGGAAAAGAAGGGAUGGGCGCGUGGCCCGUAUGGUCCAGGAACUGCCAGUUGUCUGACACCCUGGAGAGGUUGCUGGACGGCUAUGAUCUGUAG